CAUAGGCAGUUUACAGUAGGGAAAUUUGGAGUCAUGUUUGAGCUGUGCAGCCUGCAGCUCUUUUAAAGGCAGACAGUCCAGCAGCAGGUGAGGCUGUCUGUGUGACACAGGUAGGAAAUGCAAAUGAGAUCAGUUAGAGCUGAUCUUCACAUUCUCUCUGUAUCGCUCACUUUCAAUCUUCAAAACCAUUUGCAUCCAAGGACCGAAAUAAAGACAUUUCCUCAUGACUUGAGCUGCGAGACUUGACCCCAAAUCAUGACAAUGACCUUCUUUGGAAAACUGAAGAACCUACACAGUGGACCUCCAGCUCCACCCAGGAGGACAGAUAACAAUGCAGAGUUUGCGUGGCCAAAGGAUGAAUUUGAUGAUGAGGAAGGUGACAUGUAUGAAGUGCCUCCCUGUGAGCGUCCGGCUGUGAAAGUCCCACAGAGACAAGUGGAGGAAAACGUUUAUCUGGAGAGGACAUCCAAUCCUUCUCCUCCACAGAGGCAGGCUGCUCCUCCACCACCCAGACCAGUCAAUCCCUUGAAACCUCAACCACGUUCUGAGGAUUUCUUCCAUGAUCCCAAAACUAAGAAACCACCUGAGAUAGACAGAAGUGAGAAGCCUGGGAGAAAACUGAUGCCUCCUCCACCGGUCCCCUCUGCUCCAGCUCCAGUCCCUGCAUCCAACACUGAGGAAGAUGUGUAUCUGGAUCCAAAUGAAGAACAGGAAGAUAAUGACGACCUGUAUUUAGAGCCUACAGCUGCUUGCCCUCCUCCCUCUCGUGGGCCAAUAAGGAUGUCUCCAUCUCCCAAGACAGCCCUUGUACCCUCUCCCAUUUCCGUGAAGAAGCCUCCGGUUCCCAGAGCUCAGUCUAAUUCAUUCUUGCCCUCCUUAAAUGAGCUAAAAAUGGCUCCUUCAGCUGAAGUAAGACGUACCACAUUUCCUACCAAACCCCCUCCACCAACCCCCAGUUUUAAGCCCCCUCUGCCAGCAAACCUGAAGGAAGCCAAACCCAGCCCUCUGAAUCCUCCUAUGUCAGACACUAAGCUUGUGGCCUCCUCUGGUGGUGUGAGGGCAACCAAACAAUCUGGGAAUGAGGACAAAGAAUGGUUUGCUGGAGACUGCAACAGAAAGGCAGCUGAAGAUCUCUUACUGAGGGUCAACAAGGACGGUGCCUUUCUCAUCCGACACAGCUCAGCCCAAAGCACCCGACAGCCGUACACCCUCGCUGUGCUCUACCAGCAGAAGGUGUACAACAUUCCUAUCCGCUUCCUGGGGGACACACAAGGUUACGCCCUUGGAAAAGAGGGCAAGAAGAAUGAAGAGAUUUUUGGCACCCUCAACGAGAUGAUUUCUCACCACAAGAAUAACCAGCUGCUUUUGAUAGACAGCAAGAGCCAGGCCAAGCACACAGCGUAUUUAACCCACCCUGCACGGCCUUAAACCACACGACUAGGAGCUUCUCUCACACUGUACUCAUGUGGGUUAUUUGAGGAUAACUGCACAGUUUGAAAGUUUACUGUGUGUCACAAAAGUGUAACUACAACUCAGAAAUGAAAUCAGUCAUACAGCUAAAAGCACUGUUUCUUUAUUUUGUUUAUAGAUUGAUAUAGACCAUCCAAAAUUUUAAUGCACUGAAAUAUUAGCAGAGAUUACGUAAAUGUCACAAACAGUUGCUCCAACGGUUUAACUCGGCUGACAACAGCAUAAACUUAAAGUUUGACAAAGUGAUUUUCCUGCUCUGUCAUCAUUUCAGCAACGACUGCACAAGGUUAACUGCUCUUUACUGAAAAGGAAAAUGUGUCACUGUAUUACUGUAACAGUCAUUUAGCCUGGAUGUUUCUGCCUUUGGAUGAAGAAGUGAUGAUGUUGCUAUCAGUUGACUGUAUUGCUGACUCUUAAUCAUACAAACUGUGUAUUUCUGCUGUUAAAAGAUAUGAAACCACACCACAAAAGCCUUCCA